CUGAGCUAGGCCAGGGAUCGAUCCCGCAACCUCAUGGCUCCUAGUCAGAUUCGUUAACCACUGAGCUACGACGGGAACUCCUCAAGCCCGGUUUUAAAAUCCUAUAACGGUAAUGAUUCCAGGUCACAAACGUUUCAUGCCUCAUACCUCAAAAUCAGAAACAAAUAUUUAAGUUUUAUUGCAACCUAAACACCCCCCUGACCAUCUAGGAAAAUGCUGCCGACCCCUGAACUCUGCUGUCUCGAGUUUCCCUAAAGUUCCCCCUUUGGGAUAUCUGAAUAGGGGAAGGAGAAAAAGAAAGAGAAAAAGAACUUGGUUCGUUCGGAUUCUACCAAGUGGCUUCAGGUCUCUCUCAUAGAUCUCACUCCAUUCUGACCAGAGCCUCUUAGACGGGGUUAUAAACUCCUAAGGUAACACUGUGGAAAGUGAGACACCAAGAACAGGGCCUGACGCACAGCAGAGGCUCAAUAAAAUUUUACUGGAUUGAGGACUUCCCGUCGUGGCUUAGUGGUUAAUGAAUCCAACUAGGAUCCGUGAAGAUGUGGGUUCGAUCCCUGGCCUCGCUCCGUGGGCUGAGGAUCCCGCAUUGCCUUGCAGUGAAGCCGCAUCUCUGAUUAGACGUGGGAGCCUCCAUGUGCCGCAGGUGCGGCCCUAAAAAGACAAUUUUAUUGGAUUGAACUGGAGCGGGUAAUGGCUCAGUGGAGAAGAGGAGGGAAUGAAAUGAGUCUAAGCACAUUCCCUCAGAAACCUUCCUCCACCCUCCUUCCCCACCGCUGUCCUUGGGGUUCUUGCAGUUAGAGCUGGGAAGAGGCGAGGAGCACAUGGCAGGGCCGUCCCACUCGUGGGUCCCAGAAAACCUCCGCCCCCCAUCUUCCUCCGCAUCUAGUACCCCCUCACCCCCUCGCUUUAGAGGUCCCCUGGACCUAGCCUGCCCUCCCGGUUGCAGGGCAGCGCCAAGGGUGCCGGGGUAGGCGCGCUCGCCGCAGGGCCGCGCACACUCGGGGCCCGAGGGUCAUCGGUCCCUCCGCCACUCUGGCGUCUGCCCGGCUGGAAAGUCAGUCCGCGGCUCAGCCCGGCGCAACCCGGGCCCGGAGGCUGGAGCGCGCCGACGGCUCAGGGGGCCGGGGAGCCCGCCCGAACGCAGCCCUCCGUCCUCGGGGUGGGCGGCCUGUGCGGUGGCCCGGGCGCGCCGGGGCCCCGGCAGAGCCCUUCCCCCAGCGCAGCGGGCCGCCAGGGGGAUCGUCCCCCCCUUCGGCUGCUCGCUCCUCCCCCUGACCCCAGCGCACCCCCUUCUCCUGCCCCAACCGCAGCGAGCCUCGCUUCGCCUGCAGCUCCGCCGAGUCGCGCUGGGCGCUGCAGCGGUUGAAGCCGCCGGAGCUGCGCGCUCGCGGGGACCUGACGGCCGCCGGAGCCCGGGAAGCCUCGGUGCGGCGGCACCAUGAAUGGCUCGGGUGACCUGGACACCGAGGACUCGAGCGAGGCGGGCGGCGGGGGCAGCUGGCAGCCCGAGGCGGUCAUCGUGCCCAUGCUGUUUGCCCUCAUCUUCCUCGUGGGCACCGUGGGUAACGCACUGGUGCUGGCGGUGCUGCUGCACGGCGGCCAGGCGGUCAGCACCACCAACCUGUUCAUCCUCAACCUGGGCGUGGCUGACCUGUGUUUCGUCGUGUGCUGCGUGCCCUUCCAGGCCACCACCUACACCCUGGAGGGCUGGGUGUUCGGCUCGCUGCUCUGCAAGGCGGUGCACUUCCUCAUCUUCCUCACCAUGCACGCCAGUAGCUUCACGCUGGCCGCGGUCUCCCUGGACAGGUAUCUGGCCAUCCGCUACCCGCUACACUCCCGCGAGCUGCGCACGCCUCGCAACGCGCUGGCGGCCAUCGGGUUCAUCUGGGGGCUGUCGCUGCUCUUUUCCGGACCGUACCUGAGUUACUACCGCCAGUCGCGGUUAGCCAACCUGACCGUGUGCCACCCGGCGUGGAGCGCGCCCCGCCGCCGCGCCAUGGACCUCUGCACCUUUGUCUUCAGCUACCUGCUGCCGGUGCUGGUGCUCAGCCUGACCUCCGCGCGCACCCUGCGCUACCUCUGGCGCGCCGUGGAGCCGGUGGCCGCCGGCUCGGGCGCCCGGCGCGCCAAGCGCAAGGUAACGCGAAUGAUCAGCAUCGUGGCCGCGCUCUUCUGCCUGUGUUGGUUGCCUCACCACGCGCUAAUCCUCUGCGUGUGGUUCGGCCGCUUCCCGCUUACCCGCGCCACCUACGCGCUGCGGAUCCUCUCGCACCUGGUGUCCUACGCCAACUCCUGCGUCAACCCCAUCGUCUACGCUCUCGUCUCCAAGCAUUUCCGCAAGGGCUUCCGCAAGAUCUGCGCGGGCCUGCUGCGCCGCGCCCCGCCGCGGAGAGGCUCGGGCCGCGUGUGCAUCGCGGCCCAGCGCACCCAGAACGGCAGCGUGCUGGAGCGCGAGUCCACCCACCUGACGCACGUGAGCGAGGCGGCCGGGCCCUCGGCCCCUCCGCCCGCGCCUCUCAGCGGCCAGUCCGCGAGCCCGACCUCCGGCUCGUGCUGGGGGGAACCGAAAGGCCCCCAAAGGCAUCCUGACAGUUGAUGUGUCCUGAGGGUACCUUGGGUGUUAAAAGUUUGGAGUCCGAGGUCGUGGGAUCGUGGAGGGAGUUUCCUCUGUUAAUAAAAGGCGCGAAUCAUUUCACGUGCA